AUGGGCAUCCUUAUUAAUAAGCUUUUAGGAGUGUUUAAAUCCUCCAAGAGCAAUAGCAUCAACCACAACCAACAACAGCAAAGUCUGGUGGAUACAAGUAAUGGUAAAACUGUUUAUAAAGGUGGAAAUAUGACUUUGAAUGCUGCAAAUAGUAACAGUAUUCACAACCCACAACCAACCACUUACAUAGAAUCCCAAACCGAACAAUUUGAUUUUCUGCAACUACCUCAAUAUCAACCAGCAAUAAGCCACCCAAGAAAAAACUCAUUCAAAGGGAGUGGUGGUAAUCGAAGACCAUCAAGUGAUUCAAUGACUACAGUGAGUACAGUCACAUCAAGAAGAAGAUCAAUUGAAUUAGUGGCUCAAGAAUUGGAGAUUGAAAAUAUAAAAAAUUCCUUACCUGAAGGGUUUAGAGUGGAUGAUAAUUGA